GGUCCGGCAAAGUUCUCCCGUCUCCUCUUUCAUCACCUGUGCCAGCGGAGCCCAGGGCUGUGCCUUGUGCUCGGGGCGCGUCGAGCCCCGUCUGCAGCGACAGCAGGGAGGACAGCACCACCAGCGUCGGCCGGGAAAGGAGAAGCCAUGUACAGGAGAAAGACGAGAGGCAUGUAUAUAUCUAAGAGGGCGUUGAGAAAACACUUUGACCCCCGCGAGUAUCCCAAGGAGACGUACCUGCUGUGCGAGCUGAGGUGGCGCGGGGGUGUCAGGUCUUGGCAGCACUGGGUCAGGAAUGACGACGACAAUUACCAUGCAGAGCAGUACUUCCUAGAGGAAAUCUUUGAGCCAAGAAGCUACAAUAUCUGUGACAUGACCUGGUACCUGUCCUAUAGCCCCUGCUGGAAGUGCUGCCAGGUGAUUGAGGGUUUCCUGGAGGAGCAGCGCAAUGUGAACAUCGACAUACGCGUGGCACGGCUCUACUACGUCAACAAUCCAAGAAACUGCAUGGCCCUCAGGGAACUCAAAAGCUUCCAGGGAGUGAAGAUUACAGCCAUGGAAGAUGAAGACUAUGAUUACUGUUGGGACACCUUUAUACAGCCAGAUGUCAACUAUGAUUUCUCGCCCAAGAAGUUUAAAUCAGAGAUUCAGAGGAAUCGUGUCAAGCUCGAAGAUAUUUUUCAGGGUCUUCAUUUGUAGAAGCAAAGAAUAACUCAAGUUGGAAGGGACCCAAAAGAUCAUCAAGUCCUUCUCCUCGCAUGACUACCUAAAACUAAACAACAUAACUAAAAUCAUCAUCCAUGUUAUAAACAGUUAUGUAGUAGUUGGUUUUCAUUAUAAUUUGUUUGGUUUAAUUACAAAAUUCUAAUUGUUUUUAGAUAAUUAGUGUAAGUCUCAGAUUGCUUUUAAGUGUGGUAAAAUUUGUAAUUGCUGGUGGGCAAUGUAAAAGGGAAAAUAAUGCUUUUAAAAGAUGUAAGUGGGCUUGCAAAAGGUGUAUUUUAGGAUAUGAUUAUUGUUGCAAAAUGUAUAUCGAAGAUAGCAUAAGUGAAGAGCAGAAGACCACAAAGGAACAGCACCAAGCUUAAAAUGGCAUCAGAAGAACACCCUAGACUGCCAGUGUCUGCAGCAAUUGAAUUGUGCAAACGCUGCAAAAAUCUGAAGCAAGAUUGUAGUCAACCAGCCCAAAAUAAAUCUGCAAAAUCUUUUGAGGAAGUAAUCCAACUGUAACAGUAGAAAAGACUGCAGACAGAAGAGGUGGGCGUGCCUGGCUGUGGCCAUGCACCCAGUGUACACUCUUAAGUUUUGCUUUGUGAUUAUCCCCUAUUAUCAUUUACUAAAACUCUUAAAGACUUAAGAGGAGUGGGCUUAGUUUCUGACAUCAGUGAAGAAUCUUUUCCUAAUGUCCAGGCUGAACAUCCACUAAUGCAGCUUCAUUCCAUUGACACCAGGCCUCUCACUGAUCAGUGGUCUCAGGAUGACAUAAAUUUCAGGAUUACCCAGUCCCAAGUGGAGAAUGCAGCACUUGCUCUUGUCAUAUUUCAUACCAUUGGUGACUGCUCAGCUCCUCAGUAUCCAGAUCUCUCUGCAGGGCCUCUUUACCCUCAAGGGAAUCCACAGAUCCUCCUGGUUUAGCAUCAUUGGCAAGAUUACUUAAUUUUUAGUAUCAUUGGCAAGAUUAGUUAAUUACUUGAUUUAGUAUCAUUGGCAAGACUACUUAAUUUUGGUCCCUACAUUUGAUUUCCCCAUUCAGAUGAUUUAUAAGAAUGUUGAAGAUCACUGGCUGUAAAAAUGAGCCCCAGGGAGCCCCAGUGGUGGCAGGUCACCACUGGCUGUAAGUUUUUGAGCCAUCAGCCAUCUGCUCACCCAGAGCCCCGUGGACUUACCUCUCUGUAUGCUGGACAUUUCAUCCUGGAGGUGAAGUGCUGAGGCCUGAACAAGGGGCCUUGAGCCUCACUGACCAAGUGCUAGUAGCAAUGUGAUAUCAUUUUUUUGGUAAAACAUGUAUCCACCUUUCUGUAUUUAGAAUCUGGACGAGGCCAGGUCUGUUUUGCACUACCUCUAUUUUUUCUGUCUUCUUCCUUUCUCCCUCUGCUUAAAAGUUUAACUCCCUGCUGCCACAGGCUGCCCAGAGAUUGUUGUUGCCACAUGUUUUUCAGAAAGGUUAAAUCUGCAGGCUGUUCAGAAAAGUUUAAAUUGUUGCUGCUACAGACUGUUGAAACAAUCAUACAGUUUUAAUUGCUGCAGCCUAUAAAUAAAACUUUCUAAUUGA